AUGUGUGGACGAAAAAUUUCACAAGUAAAAUUUGACGAAGCCGGUUACCAGAGUAUCGAAUCCAAAUGUUAUAUGUAUGACAAAGAUAAGUGGAAAUUUGUAUAUGCUUUAUGUACACAACCAAGCGAUUUUCGUAGUGUUAUACUGUAUAUCUAUCGUAAUCAUAAGCAUCGGAUAAAAAAGAAGGAACUGUUGUCAUUGGCAUCCGACACCUUUUAUGGCAUUGAAAGUGGUUUUGAAUUACGUAAAAAAUCCAAUACACUAUCGCUAAUUACCAGCAAAACCGUACUGACGUUGGCUUUUUUGACCGUUGAACAUUUUACAAUGUGGGAAUGUUGGCUUGAUGCUGCGUUUUCUAAAGGUGCACAAUUUUUUGGACAGCUAAUUAAGGCACCAUUUAAAAGUCUCGCAUAUUCGUGUAUCAAUCGCGAAAUCAGCAUUUAUGUUCAUGACUUUGGACUUGCUUUAGCUACAGGUCGACCACUAUACUUAAUUGGUCAUUGGGCACUUGCUGAAAUCAAAUCUGUUGAUUUUUAUGCCGAUCAACUACGACUGUCAGUUGAACAAUCAAAAAUUUUAAAGUACGGAAAAGAGGAAUUUGAUUACAGAGACAGUUAUGGAAACUAUGCAUCAAUUGGAGAAACAGAAGAAGCUGUGUACCAAAUUGUCUGUUGGCAGAUACCACGUCUGAAAGAGGCUUUCAAUGCAGCCAAAGCGGGUCGUUUACGGGCACUUUUGAGCAAAGUUUCAGAAAGCGGUCAUUGGCUUAACGGCAUCAGUAAGCAGCCAGCAUCAAAGCCACAUAAUAACCGUCAAAAAUAUAAAGUAGAGACUGCAAUUGAUCAUUUCAACAAUCGCUAUGAAGCUACUUAUUACAAUGAACCGUAA